UCUCUCUCUCUCUCUCUCUCUCUCUCUCUCGUUUUCUUUCCUUCAUCUUCCAUCUCAAUCUCUUCACCAUUUCAUUCAUCCAUUGAACAGCCAUAGCCAACAGCUGUACGCAACCACCUCAGUUCGGCUCCAUUUCUCUCUCUUCUCCGAUGGCGAAGAAGAGGAAAUCCGCCGCCACCCCGCUGGACGAGGUGGACCGGACGCUCUACAGCUCCUUCUGCGGCGCCGCCAAUUCCCUCUCCCAUCUCUACUCCCAGGCCAUGAGCCACCAGCGCUUCUCCUUCCAAGCCGGUGAACGCCACGCCCUGGAUAAACUUUAUCAAUGGAUAUUGAGGCAGCAAGAAAGCGGUUCAAGAGUGACUACAGUUGAUAUAGUUUCGUAUUUGCAGCAUGAGCUUGAUUAUGGGGCCGAUGAGCAUCCGCAAACAGCAACAAACUUAGGUCACUCGCCAGUCACUCCAGUGCCAUCAAAUCCCUUCCCACCAGCUGUCAAGAACCCCGUCUUCUCAAAUGCUCUCUCCAGCCCUGUUCGAAGAAGCCUUCAGAACUACCACCUGACACCGCGGAGCAAUGAGAACAGUUAUCCUCCACAGCAUCAGCAUCAAGGUAGUAGGGAGACGAACUCCAAUGACUCCGCUAUGGAUAUGCAUGCUGAUAGCCCUGGUCAAGACUCAAUUUACUGAAGACUUGCGGGGGGCAAGGUCAAGAAUCGAUUCACUGAGAGUCGUGGGGUCAGGGUUAAGACUCGAUUUAAUGAGUCGGGGUGGGGGGAAGAAAAAAUGUAAAGACCUUUAUACCUAAAUGAUUGAUGGUAAUGCUGUGGCAGAGUUUAGCUUAACUUUUGCAUUCCUUUGUGCUGAUAAAUUCAGUUUAGUUUUUGAAAAUUCCUAUCACCAUUAUCUACUA